AUGGUUAAUAGUAAACCCCAAAAUCUGUUUUACAUUUCCACAAUUUUUUUGGUAUUUCAAAUGAAUCUCUCAAUGCAAGACCAAAUAAAGGUAUCGACCCCUCCUCUCCCCAUUCUUCCAUUCCCAUCAUAUUCACAACUAGAGUGGCAACAAAGAGAGAUGAUCAUGUUCCUCCAUUUCGGCGUGAACACCUUCACGGGCCGCGAAUGGGGCACCGGGAAGGAGAGCCCGUCCGUUUUCAGCCCGACGGGCCUCAACGCCAGCCAAUGGGCCGACACUGCCGCUCGAGCGGGCUUCUCGUUGAUGAUUCUGACGGCCAAGCAUCACGAUGGGUUUUGCUUGUGGCCGUCAGAAUACACCGAUCACUCUGUGAUCGGAAGCCCGUGGAAGAACGGGAGCGGAGACGUGGUUAGAGAGUUUGUGGACGCGGCCAAAGCCCGGGGAAUCGAUUCGGGCUUCUACCUCUCGCCGUGGGAUAUGCACGAUCAUAGAUACGGGAAUGAGAAGCUCUACAAUGAGUACUACAUGGCUCAGUUGCAGGAACUUCUCACUAGGUAUGGAGGAGAUAUUAGAGAGAUAUGGUUCGACGGAGCAAAGGGUCCGAAUGCACCAAACAUGACCUAUCACUUCAACGAUUGGUUUUCAAUGGUGAAGGAACUCCAGAGCAAUACUAAUAUCUUCUCUGAUGCCGGACCGGACGUCCGUUGGGUCGGAAACGAGAAGGGGUCUGCCGGAAGAACAUGUUGGUCCACCAUCAACUCUACAUCCAUAUCAAUUGGCAAUAGUACCACUAGUUAUCUCAACUGUGGAGACCCCAAAGGGACGAAUUGGGUGCCGGCGGAGUGCGACGUCUCCAUCAGAAGAGGCUGGUUUUGGCACAAAUCCGAGUCGCCGAAAAACCUUAUCAAACUACUCAGUAUUUACUACACAUCCGUAGGCAGAAACUGCCUUCUUCUACUCAACGUACCGCCAAACUCCACCGGCCUCAUAUCCGAAUCCGACGUCCAAACACUGCUCCAGUUCAGAUCAGCGAUCGACACCAUCUUCACCACGAACCUGGGCCGAGAAUGCUCAGUCGAAGCUAGCAGCCAGCGAGGAGGCGGGUUCGGGCCAAUGAACGUGCUGGACGAAGAUCAUCUGUGGACGUACUGGGCUCCAACCGAAGAGAAACAAGAGUAUUGGAUUGAGCUUAAGGCCAAGAGUGGGAAGAUUAAUGCGUUCAACGUGGUAAGGAUACAAGAGGCAAUCGGAUUAGGGCAAAGGAUUCAGGAACAUGAAGUUUAUGUUGAUGGGAUAUUGGUUGUGAGAGGAAGUACAGUGGGGUACAAGAGACUUCAUAGGUUGGAGAUAGCAAGUGUGGGAGCAAAUAGGGUUAGAAUCAAGAUUGUGAGAGCAAAGGGGAUAGUACCUUUGAUCUCGUCUAUAGGGCUGCAUUUUGACCCCUACUACUAAUGAGCCAUUGUCUCCAUGAUUUUGGAGCCUACAUCAUACAUAUAUUAUGUAGUUUGCAUUAGUA